UCUCCCCUCACCCUAUCUCCCUAGCGCUUCCGCUUCUAUAUACACCAACCGAGCAGGAAAACCUCUCACUCCCUCUCUCACUCCAGUCCCUCCUCCUCAAACCUAUCUCCUCCUCCCUCCUCCUCCUCCUCCUCUUCCUCCGCCGCCGCCGUCAACCACCAUGUCGGUCAAGGGUGGUGGCUGCGGGAAGCAUGAAAGCAAGUGGCGGCGGCGCGGCAAGCGCAUCUUCGUUGGCCUCCUCAUCUUCAACUUCAUCCUCCUCCUAACCUUCCUCCUCGCUUGGGCCAUCAUCCAGCCCCACAAGCCCCGCUUCGUCCUCCAGGACGUCACCGUCUACACCUUCAACGCCUCCGUCCCCAGCCUCCUCACCAUCAACUUCCAGGUCACCAUCUACUCCCGCAACCCCAACGACAAGCUCGGCAUCUACUACGACCGCCUCGACACCUACGCCACCUACCACAGCCAGCAGAUCACCUACCGUUCCCAGAUCCAACCGUCCUACCAGGGUCACAAGGAGGUCGACGUGUGGUCGCCCUUAGUCUACGGCACGGACGUCCCCGUCGCCCCCUACAACUCCCUCGCGCUGGCCCAGGACCAGUCCUCCGGCGCCGUGAGCCUCCUGAUCAAGAUGGACGGGCGGGUCAGGUGGAAGCUCGGCACAUUCAUCACCGGGCGGUACCACCUCUACGUGAAGUGCCCGGCGUUCAUCACGUUCGGGUCGAAGAUGAACGUCACCGUCGGCGAGAACGCCGUCAAGUACCAGCUGGUCCAGAGGUGCAGCGUCGACGUGUGAGAAGGCGACGGCCUACAUUAAGCCGCCACCAUCACCUAAGCAGAUACACGCGCACAAGCACAUGCACAUGCUCUGUUGUUUUUAUCGGACAAUUAUGGUUCUCCCUCU